CAGGGCUCCAACAGAAAAGGCAGUAACAGUGUCCCUCCUACCACUCAGCUGCUGAAGGGCAAGCAGCUGGGUUCCCAGACGCCUGUCAAGAAGGACAAGAGGCAGAGCUCAUCCCGCUUCAGCCUCAGCAACAACAGAGAGCUGCAAAAGCUGCCCGCCUUCAAAGGUAUGACUGGACCUAAUCUAGUCUAUUCCUUGCCUUGCCGUAAUGCAGCCCAUUCUUUUGCCUUCAGAAGUAUGACUGCGUAGUACGCCACUGCUAGCCUAGGUUAGUUAGGGCUGGGCGAUAUAUCGAGUUAAAUAAAUUAGAAAUAGUUUUUGACGAUAUUCCAAAUGCCUGUAUUGCAAGAAUCAAGGUUUUCUCUUUAUUUUUUUAUGAGCAUUUGUCUGCUUGUUCUCAUGUUGUCUUUUUGGUCUCGCCUCCUUCGUUCCUUCUGUGGUGUGCACCUUCCCAUUUACACCAGAAAUCUGUAUAUAAUGACGAGAUGCUAAUGUCACCGCCCUAACAAUGGGAGUUGUUGUCCCAAAGGCGGAAAGGGAGGCGACAAGUUUAGGUAAAAAAUAAGCCCAUAGAAAUGCAUUUGGCUUAUUUUGGACAGAUUUUGGUGAGAGUGAAACCUCUCGCUUCGCCUCUUCCUCUUUGUUUACACACACAAAGCCUCUCACCCUGGCACUCACAACAACAAAGAUGAGAGAUCACUUCUCCCACUGACAAGCGGUUUGAACUCGCUAUUUGCAUUUGAGGUUUGGUCCAACAGAAAUGGUUAUAAACAGUGCCUUGCAAAAGUAUUAAUUCCCCUUGGCGUUUUUUCUAUUUUGUUGCAUUACAACCUGUAAUUUAAAUGGAUUUUUAUUUGGAUUUCAUGUAAUGGACUUACACAAAAUAGUCCAAAUUGGUGAAGUGAAAUGAAAAAAAUAACUUUUCAAAGAUUUCUAAAAAAUAAAUAACGGAGAAGUGGUGUGUGCAUAUGUAUUCACCCCCUUUGCUAUGAAGCCCCUAAAUAAGAUCUGGUGCAACCAAUUACCUUCAGAAGUCACAUAAUUAGUUAAAUAAAGUCCACCUGUGUGCAAUCUAAGUGUCACAUGAUCUGUCACAUGAGCUCAGUGUAUAUAAACACCUGUUCUGAUAGGCCCCAGAGUCUGCAACACCACUAAGCAAGGGGCACCACCAAGCAAGCGGCACCAUGAAGACCAAGGAGCUCUCCCAACAGGUCAGGGACAAAGUUGUGGAGAAGUACAGAUCAGGGUUGGGUUAUAAAAAGAUAUCAGAAACUUUGAACAUCCCACGGAGCACCAUUUAAAUCCAUUAUUAAAAAAUUGAAAGAAUAUGGCACCACAACAAACCUGCCAAUAGAGGGCCGCCCACCAAAACUCACGGCCCAGGCAAGGAGGGCAUUAAUCAGAGGCAACAAAGAGACCAAAGAUAACCCUGAAGGAGCUGCAAAGCUCAACAGCGGAGAUUGGAGUAUCUGUCCAUAGGACACUUUAAGCCAUACACUUCACAGAGCUGGGCUUUACGGAAGAAUGGCCAGAAAAAACCCAUUGCUUAAAGAAAAUAAAUAAGCAAACACGUUUGGUGUUCGCCAAAAGGCAUGUGGGAGACUCCCCAAACAUAUGGAAGAAGGUACUCUGGUCAGAUGAGACUAAAAUUGAGCUUUUUGGCCAUCGAGGAAAACGCUAUGUCUAGUGCAAACCCAACACUUCUCAUCACCCUGAGAACACAAUUUUUCAUCGGCAGGGACUGGGAAACUGGUCAAAAUUGAAGGAAUGAUGGAUGGUGCUAAAUACAGGGAAAUUCUUGAGAACCUGUUUCAGUCUUCCAGAGAUUUGAGACUGGAGGUUCACCUUCCAGCAGGACAAUGACCCUAAGCAUACUGCUAAACCAACACUUGAGUGGUUUAAGGGGAAACAUUUAAAUGUCUUGGAAUGGCCUAGUCAAAGCCCAGACCUCAAUCCAAUUGAGAAUCUGUGGUAUGACUUAAAGAUAUUUUUAAUUGUUGUGUGUAUAUUUUUGCUCAGUAUAUGAUAUAAACACAGGGGACACUGUUGGUCACCCUGUCCUAUUGUGAUUAAGUACCCAUAAACCAUUGUGAUAUAUGAUGAUAUCACCCGCUAUUGGCCAACCCCCCCCCCCCCCCCCACGUUAUUUUAAAUAUUUUUUUUAAUUAGAGAAAGAAAAAAAAAGGCAGCUAAAAUCAAAGUUCCCGGCUGCACAGCACACAACUCUGCUGUCCCCAGAACUGGAUAAUUAUUCAAUAAUUCAAAUUUCUGUCUAACUUUACAUUCUUAUUAGGCCUAGGCUUCUAUACAUUGUAGGUGGGUUGUAGCCUACAUUGCUAACAAUAGACUAUGGAAAUAGGCCUACUCUACACAUGUUUUUCAUAAGCUUUACUCAGCUGUAUGUUUUUUUUUGACUUCUCAUUAGAUUUUUCCAUCUUGAUCUUGUUUGCUAAAUUUCACUUCUUGUUGCCUGUAAUAUUUUGUCAUUCAAAAUAAAGCUGUAAUAGAGAAUCACCUGUAGACUCUGACUUUCAAAAUUGUUCCCAUUUGAAAGCUGCAACUUUAGGACGUUAAACACUUUUAUUAGAAUAGCCUAUUUGAGAAAUAUCUUCAUAACUUAAUGCUUUUGAUAGGCUGUUUUAAUUAGUAGGAUUUGGCUUUUGGCCAUUUGGUUCACAACAGCAAUGAGAAGGCUGCAUGAAUAAUUUAUUUUAUAAUUAAGCUUUCAACUGUAAGGUUUGUUCAAACCAUCGUUUUAUUUUUCUAUCUAACUAUUGUUUGUUCUACCUCUCUCAUUAUUACCUUAGGCCUAUCAUGUUUUUAGGUUAUUCAAAAACAACUUAAUUUUUCAUGAGGUUGUGCGGCGGGAGAAAGCCAGCAUGCAUAAAAACCGAAGUCAUAUUCAUACCAAAUGGAGAGAAAAUACCAAAUUAGGCUUUAAAAAAAUAAAUAGGCUUUGGCUAUAUGUCCCAGAUCAUCCAACAUUGAGAGAGAAAAAAACAAACCUAUUUUCUGACUGGACAUUUUGUGCUGCUUUGGUGUAAAUCUUACCGCUGUCUACAUUGUUCUCUUGCGUUCUGUAAAUUAGAAACAUCUUGAAAUAGGUUAUGCAGGCUAUAUAAAAGGAAUAGGCCACUUGGCAUGGCCCUGCUGUGGGCUGCCCGGUCAGCUCCUUACUGCGUGGUGCCAGUCAAGUUGAAAUGGGCUAUACAUCGUCUGUCACAUCACGAUGUCAUCACCAUCAACGUUGGCUGUCCAUCUUCGAUAUCCGAUACUAUCGUAAUAUUUCCCAACCCUAGAAGACACGCAACCACUUUUGAUUGACUCUAGUCAACUAGUCUCUCAGGACAGAACCAUGUAUAGGCUUGGUAAGGUUUGGUUUCCCAGCUACUCUACUGAUGCAUCUCCCCUGGCCUUGGCUGAGCCUUUAGGUUUAGCCUUGGUAAGCCUUAGCAUAGCUGCCUGCCAUCUCCAAAAGCCCUCUUGCAUUCUUAUCUGAUGUAAAUCACACCUAUAAAACACACCGCCACAGUGUUGCGCAAGCCAUGGGAACAAACAGUGGAUGUACAUUACUGAUUUUGCGCUGGUUUUAACCCAAGCGUCUAUAUUUAGGGGGUAAUCCAGAGAUAAGGCUUUAAUGCUGCAGGUCCUUGUGUUUCAGGAUGCUGCCGGUGCCUAGAUAAGCGGCUGGCAUGGAGCUACGGUGUACAACUACAACCCACCUCCCAUCCCCUGCUCCUCUCAUGGAAAAUAUCAGCACUGGCACAUGCAUAUCCAAUGCAAUGCUAUCAU